GUUAUUUUAAGAACACGGCCUGACGCACGAGUUUGGGCACGGCCUGACGCAUGACCUGACGCAUGGGUUUGGGCACGGCCUGACCGCAGCCUGACGAACGGGUUUGGGCACGGCCUGACGCACGGCCUGACGCACGGGUUUGGGGAUGGGCAGACGCACGGCUCUGGACACGGCCUGACGCACGGCUCCGGGCACGGCCUGACGCACGGCUCCGGGCACGGCCUGACGCACGGCUCCGGGCACGGCCUGACGCACGGCUCCGGGCACGGCCUGACGCACGGCCCGACGUACCGCCUGACGCACGGCCUGACGCACGGCUCCGGACAUCGCCUGACGAACGGCCUGACGCACGGCUCUGGACACCGCCUGACGAACGGUCUGACGCACGGCUCCGGACACCGCCUGACGCACGGCUCCAGACACGGCCUGACGCACGGCUCCGGACACGGCCUGACGCACGGCUCCGGACACGGCCUGACGCACGGCCUGACGCACGGCCUGACGCACGGGUCACGGCCGGACGCACGGCUCCGGGCACGGCUCCAGGCACGGCUCCAGGCUCGUGCUUUAGGCCUUUAUUUUCCGUUCGGCAAGCUGCGGGAGACUUUGGUGACGGGAGGUUUCCAAGCACAGGUCAACAGCUUCUGCAGGCGUAGGCAGCGGGCAUAUGGAGAAAGAGGCUUCAAUUGGGAUUUUGGUGCAGACAUGUCAAGGGUGGAUCAUUGAGGAAGAGGAGGGGAUUGUUAUUGAUCUUGGUGGAGACGACAAGGGCAAGGAGCAAACCAGAAACUUUGAAUGGCUGGUCGAGGCGGAAGGCAGUCCGACGAUCCGCCCCCCUCCCGAACCGCCAUCGGGGCCUCCUUUGCAAGAUUUUUCUUUCAAGGUGGAAGAUCUUGGAUUGGAAGAAUUGAGGGCGGGCAGUGGUGAUCUCUUUUGGGCGAAAGAAGAUGAAGAGAUGUUGACUCGUCCCCCUCUUGAACCGCCUCCAUGGAGGAAUUGUGCGUCUAGGAUUUGGAAGUCUAUUUCUAUUUUUGUUUUUAGUUUGUUUGUGUUUUUACUUCGAUAUUCAUGUUGUUUUGGUUGUUAGGUACGUUUAUUUUUGUCAGACUCUUACAUUAGGUGGGGGUGAUGAAGGUAUUGUUCUGGCCACGUUAGGCUCAUUUAGACCCACUAUAGGAUAAGCGAAUCAUAUUGCUCUAUCUAGAGUGAUUGUUUCUCCAGCGAAUCAUAAGCGAAUCAUAUUGCUCUAUCUAAAGUAAUUGGAAAAAUAUUAAUUAAUAAAAAUAAAAGUGAAUGUAAUCUUACUUUUCCGUUUCGGCAAAAAUGGGUACGGAAACCCGUAACAUAACCUGUUGAAUAUGUGGUUUUGUUGAUGACUAACCAUGCAGGUGGAACGGCGGACAGAACCG